UUUGUACUGACAGGUGUAACACCAGUCAGCAGCGCCCUCCAGCGAUUUGUAUAUGAACGUCAGUCAACAUCAAGACAAGAUGGCUGCGCGCAUGGGAUUUUGACUCUCCAUCUCAUCUAUUUAAAAUCGCUCAGGCAACAUUUUCAUGUGGACAAGGUUGAAACCUGCAAUCGCGAUAUCAUCAUCAAAACUUUUAUUGCGCUGUCUGAGUGGGUACCCUAGUUUUCUCAAACCAAGACUCAAGGAGUUUCUGUGCCAAAAGGAUACUAAUAUCCUUGGCAGUUCAUUUUUAAGAAGUAUGGAAACUAAGACAGAGCAAGUGUCACAAAGAACUAGCACCGAAGUUCCCACAGACACCAAUGGAACAGGCCAGAGUGACCAAACCGCAGUCAGUCCUUCAGACUAUACCAUUGUAAAGGAAGGGAAGGCAGAAAUCCUGUUCCCUAAUAAGAACAAGGUGUUUUACAAUCCUGUACAGGAGUUUAACAGGGACCUAACUGUUGCUGUCAUCAGCCUAUUUGCUGAAGAACAACUCAAGAAGAAAGGAGUAUCAGUUGGUGGAAUAGGUUUGGAACAGUCGGACAAAGAAAGGCUGGCAACAGAUGACCUUCCAACAGGGAGCCAGGACAAUACAGACAUGGUACAAGCAGGGGAGAAAUGCCAGGACGGCAUUACUAUCCUGGAGGCCUUGUCAGCGACGGGUCUUCGUGCAGUCAGGUUCGCCAAGGAAGUGCCGGGGAUCAAGGAAAUCGUAGCCAACGACUUGUCACGAGAGGCAGUCAGCUCUAUCCAGAAGAACAUCACGCAUAACGGCGUGGAUGACAUGGUCGUGGCUAACCAUGCAGAUGCCAGUGCCUACAUGUAUGAACACCGCGGGAAGCAGAUCAAGUUCGAUGUCAUUGACCUUGACCCCUAUGGCAGUCCGUCGGCCUUUCUGGACAGUGCUGUACAGUCAGUGAAAGAUGGAGGUUUGCUGUGUAUCACAUGUACGGAUGCUGCUGUGAUGUGUGGCAAUGGCUCAGAAACCUGCUGGACCAAGUAUGGCUCCAUGUCACUCAGAGCCAAGUACUGCCAUGAGAUGGCCCUGCGGAUUGUCCUGUCCUGUUUGGAUCGUCAUGCCAACCGUUACCAUCGCUACAUCGUGCCUCAGCUAUCGCUGUUCGCAGACUUCUACUGCCGUGUGUUUGUGCGAGUCUACAUUAGCCAGGCACAGGCCAAGAGAUCUGCCAGUAAACAAGCCAUGGUGUACCAUUGUUCUGGCUGCGAAACCUUCAAUGUGCAGAGGAUCGGCAGGAUUGUGGAGAAAAAUCGCAGUGUGAAGUUCCAUCCAGGCAAUGGUCCUCCGGUUGGGCCCAAAUGUGAACACUGCAGCGCCACACAUCAGAUUGGAGGUCCUGUCUGGGCAGAGCCACUCCAUGAUGCAGGGCUUGUCCAGAGACUGCUGAGCUCCGUGGAGAACUCCUCAGACAGGUUCAACACAGCCCAGAGGAUGGUGGGCAUGCUCAGUGUGGUGUCUGAGGAGUUGCCAGACUGCCCAAUGUUCUACUGCCUGGACAAACUGGCCAGUGUGGUCCGAGUCAACUGUCCACCUCUGUUGGCUGUCAGGUCUGCCAUCUUACAUGCUGGGUACCAGGUGUCCUUGUCCCACACCUGUAAGACAGCUGUCAAGACAGAUGCACCUGCACAUGUCAUCUGGGACAUCAUGAGGGGCUGGGCUAAGCAGAACCCAGCCAACUCAAGCAGACUUUCAAGUGAUGCUGUAGCUUCUACUAUACUGGGCAAAGAACCAGGGAUUGAGGCAAACUUCACUAUCCGAGCAGACGCCAACCCUGCAUCUCGACAGAAAGGUCUGAAGAGGUUUCAGGAGAACCCUCCAAACUGGGGGCCAAAGGCUAGGGCUGGACGAGGUGAGGAGGCUCAGGAAGACAGGAGGAGAAGACUGCAGGGUAAACGACAGCAGGAACUGUUGGACCUGAAACAAUUCCCCUGUAAGAGAUUCAAACAGGGCCACUGUGUAUACGGGGAUGACUGCAGAUAUUCUCAUGAGCUUGUAGAACAGGAAAACAGCACUUCCUGUACAGUGGAACAGGACAAGGAAUCAGUUUGAAGGAAAACAUAGAACAAUCAGAUUAAGUCACACAUUGUCAGAAAAAUGAUCUUUCUUAACAAUUCAUUCGUUUACAAUUAUUACUUGUUUUAGAUUCACAAUCUUUGAUAAUAUUUCAUAAUGCUAUAUGAACUUUCAUGUUAGUCUAUAUUUUCAUAUGUGGCAGAAUGCAGAGUAUGGUAAAGUUCUUGAAAUGAUUUAGUGUAAAUGUCUGAGCUAUAUCUAUGUUUCUGAAGAAGACAUUUUGUUAGGGA